GUUGGUGUAAUUGCCUGGACGCCUCUCGACUGGGAAAGAAGCAUGUGGUCGGAAUUCCAUCUCUCUACGUUUCCCGCCUACCGGAGUGCGCCUCCAUCUCUCUCUUCUCCCGCCUACCGGGGGCUAGAUCGCACUUGCACGAAUUAAGAGAUACUGACCGUAGAUAGCAAAGAUCAACGGCCGAAAUCUCCUAAUUUGCGCAAGUGGGACCUUGCCCCGGCGUGCUGGUGUAGUAGCUCAUUCAUGGCUGACUGGAGUGCGCCUCCAUCUCUCUCGUUUCCCGCCUACCGGCCGAAAGCCUCGUCUUCGGUAACGUGUCUUUCAUAUCCUCAUCCGUGAAAAAAAAGGCGUUACACGUGAGCCAAUAAAAGAAAAAAGGUGUGACACGUCAGCUGGAGAUGGAUGACGAUGAAGAGGCAAAGCAGUUGUUACUGGGAAGGAGCUCAAGAGGGGACGAAGCAUUCGAAUGGGAGAACGGGGGAGGAAGAGGAAGGAGGGGAGGAGGAGGUGGAGUAGGUGGAGGAGGAGGAGGAGGAGGAGGCGGAGGAAGAGGAGGAAGAGGAGGAGGUGACGUAGAGAAUGGAUUGGUCUCCUUGUCUAUCGGAUUUAGCAACGACGAUGGAUUGCCUCCUCCUCCUUCUCCUUCUCCUUCUCCUCCUCCUCCUCCUCCUCCAUCGUUAAAUGGACAGGAAUGGAGAUUUCAAGCUCGUCGUUACGAGCCUACAAUUCGCCGGCAGCUUGAGUUACUUCAGUCCGCUAAUUCAUCAGCUGAUGGGAGAACGGCUUGGACACGUGUCAACCGCGGCAGCAGGGCUGCACAUGCGAUUACUGAAUAUUAUCAGGGUUUGUCCAAUCAACUUGGAAGUUUCACGAAACUGGAUUCCGUCGGGAGAGCUUCUGAAGCUGAUGAUCUUGAGGAUGAUGAUGAUGAUAAUGAUGCUGGUGAUGCUGGUGAUGAUGAUGACAAUGAUGCUGAUGUCGCAUUUGAACGAUAUCCGAGUCAUGUGGAGGGCGAAAUCGUGUCUCAGUCUUCUGAGCGUAAUCAUCAUCAUGAAGGCCUAUCGCGUCGAUCUCCUCGGAGAUGGAAGAAGAGGAAAGAGGAUGAGGAUGAGGAAGAGGAGGCGGGCAGAAGAAGAAGAAAACGACACGAUCACGACUCUUUAGCAGAGCCGUUCGAAGCCGGCGAGAAGAGUGCCAAGCAAGUCUGGCUGGCUAUCCGGAUCUCCAACGUCGCCAAUCUUAUCCUCUUUGUGGCGAAGAUCUUUGUGACGAUCACGAGCGGUUCGUUGGCCAUCAUGGCGUCCACGUUGGACUCCCUACUGGACCUCCUAUCUGGUCUUAUCCUCUGGUUUACUGCUAGGUCGAUGAGGACACAGAACCCAUACAAGUACCCCAUCGGCAAGAACCGCAUGCAACCACUUGGCAUAAUUAUAUUCGCGUCUGUGAUGGCAUCCGUAAGCUUGCAAGUACUAGUAGAAGGGGUUAGUAGACUGUUUGUCGAGGGGGAGGGCGGGGGUGGGCAGGGGCAGAAGAUGCCGUCCUCCCAAGUACCUUUGGUAGCUUCUGUAAUGAUUGGUGUGACGGUUGUCAAACUCGCGUUGUUUGUCUACUGCUCCUCCUUCGAGAACGAGAUUGUGAAAGCAUAUAGCCAAGAUCAUUUUUUUGAUGUCAUCACCAACGUGAUGGGGUUGGUUGCCGCGCUGCUUGCUCAGGCCUUCUUCUGGUGGAUGGACGCUGUCGGGGCCAUUCUUCUCGCCUUGUAUACAAUCACGAACUGGUCAGGCACGGUCGCAGAGAACGCUCGGUCGCUCGUGGGACAUUCCGCGCCGCCUGAGUUCCUUCAGAAACUAACGUACUUGUGCUGGAACCAUCACCAAGCCGUCAAGCAGAUAGAUACGGUGAGGGCGUAUUCCUUCGGGAGCCAUUACUUCGUGGAGGUGGACGUGGUGCUGCCGGACGACAUGAAGCUCAGAGAGGCGCACGAUAUCGGAGAGGCACUGCAGAAUAAGUUGGAGAUGUUGCCGGAGAUAGAACGCGCGUUCGUACAUCUAGACUAUGAAUGCAGCCACAAGCCUGAGCACAGAGAAGCAGCAUGGAAAACAAGCAGGGGAAUUCUCUCGUGACACACUUCUGCGGGUCUCUGGCCUUUUUUUUUUUGAAGUUUCUUCUUCUUUUGCACAUGUAUAUCCAUAUGUCCCUGUCCGUGUGUGUGUGUGUGUGUGUGUGUGUGUGUGUGUGUGUGUGUGUGUGUGUGUGUGUGUGUUCACUAUACACAACUCCAUAAAGAAAAGCAUGACUGUACCGAACAGACUGUUUCGUCGGACUUUCACCGACUCAUCAGGAGGUUGAACCCCAACAGUGUGCCCAGGAUGCAUUUGACUGAUGGACAAGGACUCACCUUGUCGCCCAGAGUUAGCAAUA